AGCCCGCCGGCCGUAGGACGACCGUCGCGGCCUGAUGACGUCGCACAAUGGCCGGCCCCCGCGGGUAGUGGAGCCCGUUUGUUCCGCCCGCGUCGAGCCUGGAGCCGGAGCCUGUGAGGAACGGAAGGGCCAAGGGACGUCUUCUCCACGCCGCUCCGACUCCAGCGGAGCCGUGGCCCCCUCUCCGUCCUAGCGCUGAGAACCGUGGGUACCGAUGGAUGUGGCCGAGAGCCCUGAACGGGAUCCUCGCUCUCCAGAGGAUGAAGAGCAGCCACAGGGGCUCUCGGACGAUGACAUUCUGAGGGACAGCGGGUCCGAUCAGGAUUUGGACGGGGCGGGGGUGAGGGCUUCUGAUCUGGAGGAUGAGGAGAGUGCAGCCAGGGGGCUGAGCCAGGAGGAGGAAGAUAACCACUCCGACGAGGACCGGGCGAGUGAGCCUAAAUCCCAAGAGCAGGACUCGGAGGUGAAUGAGCUGAGCCGGGGCCCGACCAGCCCCCCCUGCGAGGAGGAGGGGGACGACGGGGAGGAAGACAGGACAAGCGACCUUAGGGACGAGGCCUCCUCAGUCACCAGGGAGCUGGACGAGCAUGAGCUAGACUACGACGAGGAGGUCCCCGAGGAGCCAGCUCCCGCCGUCCAGGAGGACGAGGCCGAGAAAGCGGGGGCUGAGGAUGAGGAGGAGAAGGGCGAAGGCGCUCCCAGGGAGGAGGGGAAGGCUGGUGUUCAGAGUGUGGGAGAAAAGGAAUCCCCAGAGGCUGCCAAGGAGAAAAAGAAAGAGGACGAUGAUGGAGAGAUCGAUGACGGGGAAAUAGACGAUGAUGACCUGGAAGAAGGUGAAGUGAAGGACCCCAGUGACAGGAAGGUGAGACCUCGUCCCACCUGCCGGUUCUUCAUGAAAGGGAACUGUACCUGGGGAAUGAAUUGUAGGUUUAUACACCCUGGAGUGAACGACAAGGGGAACUACUCCCUAAUCACCAAAGCCGACCCCUUCCCGCCUAAUGGCGCCCCGCCUCUCGGACCUCACCCGCUGAUGCCCGCCAACCCUUGGGGUGGGCCGGUAGUUGAUGAAAUUUUGCCUCCACCCCCUCCAGAGCCCCCAACAGAGAGUGCCUGGGAACGAGGACUCCGGCAUGCAAAGGAGGUUUUAAAAAAAGCAACUAUCCGAAAAGAACAGGAGCCUGAUUUUGAAGAGAAAAGGUUUACGGUGACCAUUGGCGAAGACGAACGGGAAUUUGACAAAGAAAAUGAAGCUUUUCGAGAUUGGAAUUCUCGGAUCCCGAGAGAUGUCAGAGACACAGUACUCGAGCCUUAUGCGGACCCUUAUUAUGACUAUGAAAUUGAGCGGUUUUGGCGUGGCGGACAGUAUGAGAAUUUCAGGGUGCAGUAUACAGAAACAGAGCCGUACCAUAAUUACCGAGAAAGGGAGCGGGAGCGAGAGAGAGAGAACAGACAGCGCGAGCGCGAGCGGGAGCGGGAGCGGGACCGAGAGCGGGAGCGCCGGCAGAGGGAGCGUGAGCGAGAGCGGGAGCGUGAGCGCGACAAGGAGCGGCAGCGGAGGAAGGAGGAGUGGGAGCGUGAGCGAGCCAAGCGGGACGAGAAGGACCGGCAGCACCGUGACCGCGACCGGGAGAAGGAGCGGGAGAAGGAGAAGGGGAAACCCAAGCCCCGCUCCCCGCAGCCACCAAGCCGCCAAGCUGAGCCACCAAAGAAGGAGGCCGCCACUGCGGGGCCACAGGUGAAGCGAGCAGAUGAGUGGAAGGACCCUUGGCGCCGAUCCAAGUCUCCCAAGAAGAAACUCGGGGUGUCGGUCUCCCCGAGCCGGGCUCGAAGGCGUCGGAAAACAUCAGCCUCGUCAGCCUCUGCCUCUAAUUCCUCCAGGUCAUCUUCGCGGUCAUCGUCCUACUCCGGCUCCGGCUCCUCCCGGUCACGAUCGCGGUCUUCAUCCUACAGCUCCUACUCCAGCCGCUCUUCCAGACACAGCUCGUUCUCAGGAAGCCGGUCCAGGUCCCGGUCCUUCUCUUCGUCCCCGUCCCCAUCCCCAACACCUUCCCCGCAUCGACCUUCCAUCAGAACCAAGGGGGAGCCGGCCCCGCUGCCCGGGAAAGCAGGAGAGAAGUCAGUGAAGAAGCCGGCCCUGCCUCAAGCCCCACCACAGGCCACCAAAACUACUGCUCCUGUCCCCGAGCCCACCAAGCCAGGAGACCCUCGGGAAGCCAGGAGGAAGGAGCGGCCAGCCAGGACCCCCCCCAGGAGGCGGACGCUCAGCGGCAGCGGCAGCGGCAGUGGCAGCAGCUAUAGUGGUUCCAGCUCCCGAUCCAGGUCCCUGAGCGUGAGCAGUGUCUCCUCAGUGUCCAGUGCUACGUCGAGCAGCAGCUCUGCACACAGCGUGGACUCGGAGGACAUGUACGCAGACCUGGCUAGCCCCGUGUCCUCAGCCAGCUCUCGAUCCCCAGCCCCAGCCCAGACCAGGAAGGAGAAAGGAAAACCUAAGAAAGAAGAUGGUGCUAAAGAGGAAAAGCGGAAAAGGGAUUCGUCCACGCAGCCACCCAAACCUGCAAAAGCUCCAGCGGCGGGGAAGUCCUCCCAGCAGCCCUCAACCCCCCAGCAAGCACCCCCUGGGCAGCCCCAGCAGGGCACGUUUGUAGCCCACAAGGAGAUCAAGUUGACACUGUUGAAUAAGGCGGCUGAUAAAGGAAGCAGGAAGCGCUAUGAACCAUCAGACAAGGACAGGCAGAGCCCUCCUCCAGCCAAGCGGGCGAACACAUCCCCAGACCGAGGUUCUCGGGACCGGAAGUCAGGUGGGAGACUGGGCUCCCCGAAGCCAGAGCGACAGAGAGGCCAGAACUCCAAAGCCACUGCAGCCCCGGCUGACAGGAAGCGCCAGCUGUCACCACAGUCCAAGAGCUCCAGCAAGGUCACGAGCGUGCCCGGCAAAGCCUCGGAUCCCGGCGCCGCCAGCACCAAAUCAGGGAAGGCCAGCACGCUGUCGCGGCGGGAGGAGCUGCUGAAACAGCUGAAGGCCGUGGAGGACGCUAUUGCGCGCAAGCGGGCCAAGAUCCCCGGGAAAGCAUAAGCCGUGCCCCUGACCGGACUGGACGCAUUUUUAUACAUAGGGUAAGCGCAGCCAUUUUGGAUUUUGCAGUUAAUGUCUUAUUUUGGCUGUGAUUCUUUUUAAAAAGUAAAAAAGAAAAAAAAGUUCCUCUGCUGGAAAAGAAGCCACACAGGAGAUGACGACGACGCUGAGUCCCAGCCUCCCUCCCCAGAGCAGAAGUCCCGCAGGACAGACACAGACAGCGCUAGUGACCAGCACAGUUCUCAUGUAAAUUACAAGCCCCAGUCGCCAGCCCCGCCUUCUCUUCCUCCUCCACCGUCUUCUUCCCUGGCCCUGGUCAGGCCUGGGCCUGUGGAGCCCCAGCUCUGCAUCCCUAGCCCGGGUCCAGGCAGCCAGGCUCCCUCCUGAGCUGAGAAAUGAAACUUCGCGAACCACUGGUGGCACCUCCUUCUCCUCCCCUGCCCCCGAUCACCCGCCCCCGGAUCAGAAAUAUAUCUAUAUUCUCGACUAAAGUCUCAUCAGGAAAUAUUUCCUGUCUUUUAUUUUAAGCAUCAAAUUGUUUUAGUUGAUUUAAACAGGAAAAAAUACAGAAAAGACCAAAAAAAGGCCGAGAGUAUUGUCGGGGCGUCUGUCUAAUGUGGAGGGUCUUUUUUGAGGGGUCUCCUAAAAUAAAAUAUUUUGAUAAGCA